AUGUAUGAAGCAGAAAGAAUGCAGCUUGAUUUAUUUCAGAGCCUCAGCUUUUGGAACAGCAGUGAGGCGUCCAAAGGAGCCAGUGCCUGGGAUGUAGAGAUCACCAAAUGGUGGGGGGAAUGGAGUUCUUGGUCCACGUGCUCCCGGACCUGUGGAGGAGGGGUGAUGUCUCGGGAGAGGCAUUGCCUGUUUCAAAGGCUCCUCACCGCCCAGGAAAUAAAUACCCCUCUGUGUACUGGACAGUCCAAGCACUAUCAGCUAUGUCAGCAAGAGCCCUGCCCUGCUAACGCGGACAGUUUUAAGCAACAGCAGUGUUCCAGUUUUAAUGCCAAGGCCUUUGGGAAAUACUAUUACCACUGGAUGCCUCUCUACCCUGAUGACUACACCAGCAUCUCCAACAAACCCUGUGACCUCCAGUGUACCACUCGAAGCGGGGAGAGGCAGUUAAUAGCGCAGGCACAGGAUGGGACCUCCUGUAAGGAACGGCUGUAUCAGGGAGUCUGCAUCAGUGGCAAAUGUGAGCCGGUUGGGUGUGACGGAAGCCUCUACUCUUCCCAGACGAUGGACAGAUGCCGGGUGUGUGGUGGGGAUGGCAGCACCUGUUACCGGGUCUCGGGAAGCUUCCGAAAGGGGAUCUCACAGUUAGGCUACGUGUUUGUCACCAACAUUCCCAGUGGCGCCAUGGACAUCCUCAUCAUUGAACGCAGGAAGACAGAGAAUAUCCUUGCCCUGGCAGAUGAAGCGGGACACUACUUCUUCAAUGGGAAUUCUGUCAUUGACAAUCCGCAAAACUUCCGAGUGGCCGGCACCUUAUUCAAGUACCGCCGCCCGCCCAGCCUGCAUGCUGAUGGGCUGGAAUACAUCAUCGCCCAGGGCCCCACCAACCAGUCUCUGAAUGCUAUGUAUUAUAACUUCAAUGGGAAGAUGCCAUAUAUAUCCUAUGACUACACUGUGCCCAGGGUGCUGGCUCCUGCUCUCCACACAGUUCCUCCUGCCCUGGAAACUCCCCUUCAUCUCCAUCUCCCAGAGUCCCACAGGUACAAAAAUCAGAAGUCGAAUUUGGCCGAACCCAGGGCAGCUGUUGACUUCAAUGCGUCUUGGAUCUCUGUCUCUACGGGAAAGGUGGGCAGCCGAUUCUCGCCGGACAGUGAGGCGGGGGACAUCAGCUUUGACAGUGGGGGCUUCUUCCAAAGGAACUCCACAGUUCAGACCGGGGGCUGGAGUUCUUCUCCAGGAGAGGAUGGACUGAAGUUUGGCUUCCGGCUGGGACGUGUGUACCAGGCUACAGGACAAGGAAAGGAGGAGGUGGCGAUAGCAGGAGAAACAGACAUGGGUUUGUUUGCUCUCCAUGACUAUGAGGCGACCCAAGAUCAAGAGGAACUUCUGAAACCAUUACAUUUGUUGGGGUCUCUUUACCUUGGACCACCCUCCCUCCGGUUGAAUCAGAUCCCCACCAGCACUGCCAUCCCCCAGCCCUUGGUGGGGACUGAGCUCCUGGGGAAGGGCAGGCCUGGGACGUCCCAACUGCAGCUGUACCGGAGACUUUGUCACCGCGACUCCCACCAUGCCGGCUUCUGCUGGGAAAUGCAGCAACUGGCCACCAGGUUUGGCCGGAGGAACUCCACCCUGGGGCGGUGGAGCAAGCCAGGUGGCGGGUGGAUGGAAGGGCCCCAGAAUGGACCCACCGCCAAGACCCUGUUGGACAGCUUUCUGAGGGCUGAAGCAAGAACCGGAGACGAGGAGAAAGGUGCUAACCGCAGCUCCAUGGCUGCUGGGAAGAACCCCCUUCCUGGAUCUGUUUCAAGCUCUCUAGAUCGUUUUGGGCCCAGCCAUCAAGUAGAGCCUCUCCAAGCCCCAGGCACUGAAAGCAAUGAUUUUGACGUGCGACCCCUUGGCCAUGAUGACAUCAGCCUGGCUGACAUGUACCGCUGGAAGGUCUCUGCCUACGCCCCCUGCAGUUCCUCCUGUGCCUCAGGCAUCAGCACCUCCUAUGCCAUGUGUGUGCGCUAUGAUGGAGUGGAAGUGGAGGAGGCCUACUGUGAUGCUCUGACCAGGCCCGAGCCUACACACGAACUCUGCACGGGGAGAGACUGCCAACCCAGGUGGGAGACGAGCCGGUGGAGCGAGUGUUCCCGGACCUGUGGCGAAGGUCACCAGGCCCGGACCGUGCGCUGCUGGAGGAUGCUGGCUCCUGGCUUUGACAGCUCCGUCUACGAUGAGGUGUGCCAGGCUGCGGGGCUAGUGCGGCCCAUAGGGAGGAAGAUGUGCAGGAGCCAGGCCUGUGGCCCUCAGUGGGAGCUGUCGAAGUGGUCUGAGUGUUCUGCUCGCUGCGGAAGCACGGGGACCGUGCGGAGGGAGGUGCGUUGCUCAGUGGAACCACCCCUGUGCAGUGACGCCAUGAGACCAGCCAGUGAGAAGGAGUGUCAGGGUCCCCCCUGCAACUGGCACUGGAUGGCUUCUGAAUGGGGCCCGUGCUCAGGUGCGUGUGGAGAGGGACGGAUGACCCGCUUCAUCUUGUGCCGCAACAUGGAAGGGAAGGUGAUCUCAGACGCUCAGUGUGACCCGGCGACCAAGCCUCUGGCCAUCUACCCCUGCGGGGACAGGAACUGCCCCGCUCACUGGGUGGAGCAGGAGUGGGAGCCGUGCAAUGCCAGCUGUGGCCGGGGCAUGAAGGCCCGCAGUGUGCUGUGUGCAGGGCUGGAGAAUGGAGUGUACCGGGAAUACCCUGAAGCUCAUUGUGAGGCCUCCCCGAAACCUGAAUUGCAGGCAGCCUGUUUCAAGAGACCCUGCUCCACGUGGCUCACCACUGCCUGGUCUCAGUGUAGCAAGACCUGUGGCGUGGGCGUGAGGAUGCGGGAGGUUAAGUGUUACCAAGGAGAGGAGCUGGGUCAGGGGUGUGAUCCAACAUCCAAACCUGAGGCCAAGCAGGUGUGCCAAGUCGAGCUGUGCCCAACUGAAGCACCAGACGAUGACUGUGAGGACAGAGCCACAGCCAACUGCGCCCUCGUGCUGAAGGUGAAGCUGUGUUCCCACUGGUAUUAUCGGAAGGCUUGCUGCAGGUCAUGCCGAGGCAAAGCUCCCUGAGUGUGGUUGCCGCCUGCGCCAGGCCAGACACGUGCCCCAGAGGUUGAACCAUGUGAUAAUGUGUGGAGGUAGAAGGGGGAAAAUUCCAAGCAGUUCUCUCUCCCACUGAAAAGCUACUUAUUUUUCUACCUCCACCCACAGAGAGGAGCCCAAAGGUUCAGCUCAGUCAGAGCACAGAGCAUCUGGUCAGAUGGCGUCUACUGUCACUUAUAAAUCUCUACCUUUCCUCACCCCUUACCUCCUGACUCCCAACCCCCACCAUCUCACGCUUCUCUCAGCCCCUCCCCAGGAUUUUUGAGUCUUUAUCACAGAUCGACCCCAAGUAACCCAAACCCCGUGCCUCUUUCCCUUACCUCUGCUGAGGCCUCCCUCUUUCCCAACCUCCAGAGGGCCUAGAAGUUCAGAAUUCAUUUCUUAUUUUCUGCUGGUUGAAGGAGCUGUGGAGGUGGAAAGACAAUAAGCGUGAGUAAGUUCAUGGGAGAGAAGGAGUUGAGACGAAAUCUGCUUUCCACUCCCCUGGGCUUUUGGAGUCUAUGUCCCUCCCAUCAUGUUCUUGGCUGUGCCCUUCCAGCCUCUGGGUUGGGAAACCAAUUAUACUUAUAAGAAAAAACUCCUAUCAUACAAUAAAAGAAAAAUACUACUUGUGCAAGUAUGUCUCCAAAAGAAGGCUUGGUGGAAGUGGGUAAGUUGUGAAUGAUAGGCAGGGAGAAAAGGGAAAGGACAAGUAAAAUCUACUGUGGUGCUGGUACAUGGUGCUGCCAUGGAGCAGCUGCUUU